CAUUCGUCUCGCUGUGUGAAUAUUCGGCCGGCAAAUGUUCAAAUAAUUUACUUAAGUUGUCGACAUGAUUUAGGAUAUCUCAAACGAAGCGAAACUACUAUCUCGUUACCUGUGGUAUUAACCUGUCAAAGGGGAUGAAGCAGGGGCAUUUCGUCACGAAGAAUUAUCAGAUUCCUCUGAGACUUCAUGCUGUUCGUGAGUUUAGUCGAACCGGUUAGAACCAGUUAUUGUACAUUGACGGGAGGAAGAUGAACAAUGUCAUGUAGGAGGACGAGAAACGCGAAGGUACGUGUAUGCUGAAGGUGCUGGUGAACCUCGAGGACUCGGCCAGGAAGAAUUCUUGGAAGGUCCUUAUGGUAUCUGAGAAAAGGGUAGAGUCGUUACCGAACGCGAUACAAGGAUUGAAGGGUUGGCCCCGACGUUGGAGCCAUUUAAAUAAAAGUUACAUUUAGGAGGAUCCAAUAUGGCCGACAAGAAUGAUAAUUUCAUAGAGGGGAGUAGUAAUGGGAUCACUACGAUGGUCCCGACCACUGCGGCUCACGAUGGUAAGACACUGAAUGCCAACCGUGGCAACAUUAACGAGAAGAAUUCCACCAGGAAAGAAGGAUUGUAUACGAAAAGGGAUCAUUCGAAUUAUCAAAAGUCCAGCAGUGCAGGUUACGUCACCAAGGACAAAGAAGGCAACGUGAGAACGAACGACUCUUACAAUAAUCCAAAAGGGCUGGCUCCCAUAGUAGGAUGGCAGAAUGGGAGUCCUACUGUAUUUCCAAGCUCACCAGUCAAGCCUUCCGAUGAUCAGUCAGGCCCUCCGAGCGGGACACCCGAUACGAGGAGUCUGUCGAAGAGUUCCGGGAUCGGUCAAGAUUCCGGAAAUACAGAGGACCUCAGUAGUCUAGCCGACGAGCGUUUGUUCCCGUCAACACCUGCGCUGACUAUAGACAGAAGCGUUGAGUCUUUGUCCCCUGACAAGGAUACCUUCCUCUCGAACUCACCGGAUAUCGGGAGGAACAAGGAUCUUAGUCUCGGUGAAGAGCUCGGAGAGAAGACGGCCCUUUUGAGUCCUGGUACGGACUGCACGGAGGACAGAAUACCAGCAACACCUGGGGACAGUUACGUGACCUCACCCAAUCUGACAGUGGGACCUAGUCCAACGAUCACGAGUCUCCAGGACGAGAAGAAGAGCUUAGAGGGAAAUGGUCCGGGCGGUGAGAAGACUCACGGUAUCUUGGUGCGAAACAGGAAGUUCUCCGAUCCGGAAACGAUAAUCACGUCGAAUCCUGGCUACGAUGAUUACGAUAAGAGGGAGCUUGAUUCUAUUGAUGAUUCAGACAGUCUUUUGGAGAUUUACGAUGACGAGGAUACGGAGAGGAAUGCAAAUAACAAGCCUAAGAUCCCUGACGGUGGUUGGGGUUGGGUGGUCGUUCUAGCUUCCUUGUUAAUAUCAAUGGUCGCCGAUGGUGUAUCCUUCAGUUUCGGACUCCUCUACAUUGAGUUCCUUCACGAGUUCGGAGCCUCGAAGUCGAAAACUGCAUGGAUUGGCUCGCUCUUUAUGGCUGUUCCAUUGCUGUCAGGCCCAAUCAUGUCCACUCUCGUUGACAGAUACGGCUGUCGCAAUAUGACCAUAUUGGGUGGCCUCAUAUCCGGUCUUGGUUUCGUCCUCAGUUCGUUCUCAACCACCAUCGAGGUAAUGUACUUAACAUUUGGCGUACUUGCUGGUAUCGGUCUGGGUCUGUGCUACGUCACCGCGGUCGUGAGCAUCGCUUAUUGGUUCGACAAGAAACGUACUCUAGCUGUAGGAUUAGGAGCUUGCGGCACCGGAAUAGGAACCUUCGUCUACGCGCCUAUGACAACCUUCUUCAUUAAUGAGUACGGAUGGCGUGGAACCUGUUUGCUGCUAGCAGGGACCUUCUUUAACCUCAUUGUCUGUGGCACCGUCAUGCGAGAUCCCGAGUGGUGGGUCCAGGAGCAAGAGAAACAGGCGAUGGCAUCGCCGAAGAAAUCUAUCAGCAGGUCGGACGGGGGUAGAUCAGCUGCCAGUCCAGCCGAUGACUUUCCUGGUGUAGAUGAACUUCGUCGGUUGCUGAAAAGUGGCAAGGCCCCGGAAUAUCUUUUGCAGAGUCUCAGAACCAGCACCGAGGCUAGACCCAACGCCAAGGGGAACCCGGCCUUUCGCAGCGUCGUUAAUCUUCCUACCUUUGUCAGACAAAGUGAAAAGGUUCCUCUGGAGGUUCUUGAGUCACUUUCCGGCAAUUCGAGAUUGUACAACGUUAUACUCGAGAAUUAUCCUAGUCUACUGCUGUGCAGGAGCUCGUCCGACAAGAAACUUGAUGAUUCCAGUGGGGAGGUUGCGAACAAGAGCGGCGUCACUAUGUCCAUGAGGUUACAUGACUGGAUCAAGCAAGCUACAGAAAAGGCGAAACCAGUACCGAUCAAAGAUUCACGUCGUGGAUCAUCAGUCCACGCAUCAACAAAAAUUUUGGCCACGAGAAGAAUGUCAAGGAGGGACUUGGAGGAAGCUAAUCCGCUAUUAGCCAAGGAAGUUGCUCAGGCUAUUGCCGAGGCAGAAAAAGCAAAGUCACAAUCCAGACAUCAUCUGCCUGGUUUUGGAGGUGGCGUAGUCAGAACAGAUUCCCUUCCUUGGCUUCGUAGACAGUUCAACACAAAUACUCAUUAUUUCAAGGAUAUUCGAGUACACCGAAAUUCCGUUAUGUAUAGAGGAGCUGUUCUGAAUCUGCACAAGUAUAGAUUACGAGCCAGUAGCUGUCCCAACAUUUAUAGAAACAGCAUGACGACCUUGGCCAAAGAAUCCUCAGAGAAAUGGUAUGCAGAGCUCAUCGAAUUGCUCAAAGGCAUGAUGGAUUUCUCUAUGUUCCUGGAAUUGCAUUUCCUAUUGCUCUCACUCUCGACGAUUCUACUCUUUACUUGGUUCGUCGUGCCUUAUUUUUACCUUGCCGAGCAUCUCACGAGAAAUGGAUAUUCGGAGUCGGAUGGUGCCAAUCUUCUUAGCAUCAUUGGAAUAACCAACACCAUCGGAAUGAUCGGUUUGGGCUGGGCCGGCGAUCGACCCUGGAUGAACGUUAGCAAAACUUACACCUGGUGCUUGAUCGCAUGUGGCAUUGCCACCAUCAUGAUGCCCAUCGUUAUUCAUCAUUACUACCUUAUGGUGAUAACGUCUGCUGCGUUUGGUCUAUUCUUCGCUAGCAACUUCAGCUUCACUCCCGUUAUCCUGGUCGAGCUUAUUCCACUUGAGAGAUUCACUACGGCCUAUGGAUUGAGCUUGUUGUGUCAAGGCAUAGGGAACCUUUUGGGACCACCCUUGGCAGGAUGGAUAUUUGACGUCACAGGUUCCUGGGAUUUGUCCUUCCUCAUGGCUGGUGGCUGGAUCAUCCUCUCAGGAUGUCUUAUGAGUAUUAUACCAUAUUCCAAGAACAGAAAGAUCUGGGGAAGCGGUCCCGUUGAGAUGGAACGCGAACGUGAAAUCGGGGCUUAGAAAAAAUUAAGAAAUAUUGAAAAUCGUCUUUUUUUUCAAUAUGAAUGCACUCGCUUCUCGUUGCGAUCUGUUAUUUAUAUGCUAUCUUUCAUAAUAUUAAAAACAGUAGAAGAAGCCAAGAGUUCGCCCAAACAAUAUAGUUUAUAUAUACAUACGGAACAUCUUUCUGAUUAUAUUCGUACAGUGCAUGUUUCCAUCAGACUGUUUUUAAAUAUAUUUAAUAUUUUUUAUGCUCAUCUAAUAUGACUACGAUUCACUUUUACUAGUGCAUCAGGUCGCUUCAUUCUCGGCUAUUAUUUGGUCUGUUACGUAUACAUAGCUUUUGAACCACCUUUGGGUAAAAGUAAAGCAACGACCAAUAAAUGAGCAUUUAUGCCUAAGGAAUUAAUUCAUAUUAGGUCAUUGGACUGCUUCAAGUUACCAAAAGUAGUUUGAAGGUCAACUAUGAGUACGACAGUUUUGUUCAGCCUGCUGUACACUGUAUUAGAUCUUUAGAAGUUUUUGUGCAUAAUGUAUUUGCAGGCUUCAUGUAUUUGAAGAUCUAAGGAAACAUUAUGAAUACGUUAAUGAUACGUGGAGUCAUAAUAACUGGUUCGCAACAUUUUUUAUUAAAAAAGUGAUUUGUUCAGAGAAAAACUCUCUCACACUUUGUGAAGACACUUGAAACCACGUUAUUGCAUUGUGAUCCUUAAUGUUUUAUCACAAUAGUACAUUUUGACUAUAGACAUAUUGAAACGUUUAGUUUUGGCUUUUCUCUUGGCUUGAUUCUUUAACUGCCAUUUAAACUGAAAAUUAAAUGGAAAUGAUGCAUCCAGCAACGAAUUAAUGCGUAGACUAUCGUUUAACGUGAGAAGAUGUUAUAGAUACCAAAGAUAAUUCUAAUCUUACUAAUAUCAUGCAUAGAUUAAUAAUUGCAUCAAUAUUAACUCUAUAAUUAAUACACUCUUCAAUGUACCUUACAUUGUGCUUGAUAGUGCGAUAUGUACGGAUUGUUUGAGUAACAAUCAACUCAAAAUGGUUCUCUUCGACAAACUCAUCGAAUUCCGUUCGUGUUGCGUUGUUAUGUUGUUGCUAGGAGAUUAAUUAUUCCCAUUAUGUAUUUAAUUUAAAGAAAUUUAAGAGGUUGACUAAUUUUAAGUGCCCCUUUUAUAUUAUAUUAUACAUUUAUCACGUAUUAUUAUAUCUCGUACUUUACGAUACCAUCGGAUAUCAAUUUCUAUGCGAACAAAGGGGACAAUGCAAUAGAUAUUCGAGAGUAUACGCUUAUAUACAGAUAUCCAAAGACUUUAUGUGUAUGUACACUUUGUCAGGAAGGUUUUAUGUAGAUAACCAUCAAAUGAUUUCAUAAAACAGGUCUAUUAAUAGAACUGCCAGGAAUGAAGAAUUCUGCAUUAUAGGAAGAAAGUAAAAGCUUGGAUCUAUAUAAGGUGUACCAUGUAUGCGGUUAUGGUUCAGAGGAUUUUUCUAUAUAAAAAAUAUAUAGUAUCUUCUAUAUGGAAAGUAACCAAAGGUUCUAACAGUUUUCAAGAUCAAAUAAUUUUAGAUUGACCAAAAGUUCUUGAAAGACUAAUGCUUGUAAGAGAAUUGUUAUUCGACGUGAUGUAUUAUUUACUUUCUUGAGGAGAUUUGGUUUAAUGCACCCGGGUACAAAAUUUGAGUCUGUUGAACAAGAACAUUUAGUUUUUUUUUUUUUGUAAACUACUAACCGUAGGUAUUUUUAUAUUUUUAAUAUCAUUUGUCGUUCGCAUUUCCACUUAGAUUUCUCCCUUGGGAAGAUAACCGUAUGAUAUGGUACAGAUUGUAUAGUUGAAAUGGAGCCAUUUUCGAUCAAACAUUUUUUCUCGCAAGGUACAAUAAGUUUUUUGGGAAUUUUUACAACCAAAUAUGCCUUCGUCGCGAGUCUGAUGGUCUAGGGAACAUCUGGUCCGGAUGAGAUAGUCAAUUCUCGUGACACUAGUGUAGCCAAACGCUCGCGUUAUACAAACCCAUUUAACAAUCCUAACUAUUGUAUUACACAAGAUACAAAAGAGGCAGAUACAAUAGAAAAACUGUCUCUCCGUUAGUCUUCGGUAAUUAUACCAAACGCUAAACUACUACCUGAAGAGCACUUUCAUAGGCUCGUUAUAUUGUUUUAUGUUGUCUACAGAUAAAAAAUUAUUAAAUAUUACAAAAUACAA